AUGCUUGUACAGCUGCCUGCAGCAGCAGCAGCAGCAGCAGCAACAACAGCUCAGUAUAAGCAUCACCAGCAAAACCAGCAACGCCAGCAGCAGCAGCAACAGCAACCACAAAACAACAACAACAGCAGCAGCAGCAGCAGCAACAGCAGCAGCAGCAGCAACAGCAGCAGCAGCAGCAGCAGCAACAGCAACAGCAACAGCAACAGCAGCAGCAGCAGCAGCAGCAGCAUACGAGGAGAAAGUUUUUGCAUUGUUGUGUUGCAGGAGUGA